CCACGCCCUCGGCUCGGCUCCCUCCUUGCACUCGCACACCACCGCUACUUAACAAACCAGCAGAGGGAGCGGGCGGAAUUGCCAGGCCAAGCGAUCAUACUGCUGGAGUAGCGGACCGGGACGAGGAGAGGGGCUCCGGUUCCUUCCCGGAGAAGGAGCUCGAGGGGAGGGAGAAAGAGACAGAGAUCCAGCGGCGGCGGCGGCGAUGGGGAUGAGGCCCGGGUGGGUUGCCGGCCUGGUGGCGGAGAGCUUCUUCGUGGCGUGCCCCGCGCACGAGAACCACAAGAAGAACGAGCGCAACAUCUUCUGCCUCGCCUGCUGCGCCAGCAUCUGCCCCAACUGCGCCGCCGCGCACUGCCACCACCCGCUCCUCCAGGUGCGACGCUACGUGUACCAUGACGUUGUCCGCCUUGGCGACCUCGAGAAACUCAUUGAUUGCUCCUAUGUUCAGGCCUACACGAUCAACAGUGCCAAGGUCAUCUUCCUGAAGCCGAGGCCUCAGUCCAGGCCCUUCAAGGGCUCCGGCAACGUCUGCCUGACAUGCGACAGGAUCCUCCAAGAACCCUUCCAUUUCUGCUCCCUCUCUUGCAAGGUGGAUCAUGUCACGAUGCAGGGAGGGGAUCUCUUCAACACCCUGCAGUACUACGGCGGGGUCGGCGGCGGCGACACCACAUACCCAGAUCACCUUGCCUUCCCGCAGUUUGAAAACCUCCGCGUCGACGGCUCGGACCUCGACGACGACACUGAUGGCGGGCAGAUCACCCCGAACUCGACCCUUGAAGACCCAACGCAGCACUACGGCAAUGGUGGCGGGGCAUCGAGCGACAACGGUGACACUAGGGCUGUUGUCGUUGCCCGUCGCGGCGAGGCGGGGAAGAGGAAGAAAGGGGGAGGGUUCUUCCCCCAGAUCGUGCUGUCACUCGGCAACAGGAGGAAGGGUGCCCCCCACAGGUCCCCUCUGGCCUAAGCACUUUGUCGAUGUGCCCUGGUGUUCGUUAUCACUGGCUAUAGCUAGUAGUAGUUGCAGUUAUGGUGGUGGUAGCUAUUAGUAGCGUGUUGUCAUAGUCCUAUGAUUAGCCUUGUAGAGAUCGGUGAGAGAGCUGGUUGGUCGGUCGGUUGGUUGCUUUGGGAGGGUCCUGGCAUUGUGAUCCACCUAGCUUUGCUAGGGCCAUGGCCAUCCCAAGGCUGUUGUGUUGAUGACACUUGAGAGAGGGUGGCGAAGCAGUUCCCCUGUUACAGGCCUAGGUAGGCACUGGUAAGUGGGGCCCACGUUUGCAGGCCGGGCCCCCACAGAGGUGGCUACCAAUUUUGUAUUUGAUGUAACAAGGGUUACUUGCAUACACUUCCACAGCUAUAUAUGAAUGUUCCCCAGACUAAAUAUGUUCUUAGCAAUGUACAUUA